AUGGAGGAUUUCAAGGCCUUCUUGGAGGAUUGGCUCGCGCGACAAGAGGCCUUCCUCGACCAGUUCCUCCUCCGCGCCUCCGAGCCGGAGGACCCGAGCUGCCUAUACGGCGACGGUGGCGAAGCGGACAGAACCUUGAUCGAGCAGGUCCUCGGCCACCACCAGCGGUUCUACGAGGAGAAGAUGAAGCUGGCAAAGGAGGAUGCGUUCCUCUUCUUCUCCGCCCCCUGGCUCACCUCCUUCGAGCGCACAUUCCUCUGGAUCAGCGACUUCAAGCCCACCCUCCUCUUCCGCUUCCUCGCUUCCUUGGUCGACGGUCUCAUCGUCGCCCAGUCGAAGGGUAUCGAGCGGAUCGGGGCGGAGACGUGGCGGAGGGAGUGGGAGCUCACGGAGGCGAUGGCCAAGGUCUAG